AUGGCUGACCUGCUCGACACCCCUUCGAGGGUGCUAAAACGGGUUCAGCAAUACGAGGAGAUGGAGCUCCCAUCGCUUCCUAGCUUCCAACGCGACGACCUCGACCUCAGCGACGACUAUGACCCCGAGAGCAGUCGGGAGUCUGUUGCCAGACCAUCCGAGCACGGAGACUCCUCUACACCACACGUUGGGCGCACUUUGUGCUCCCCACGCACAGCCUCAUCAGCGCGGACCGAAUCAACAGUCAAGCCGUUGCGUUCCUCUGGUACAGAAAUCCCUACUCCCUUGGCUCCGUUCCGCGCAACAAAUCGCCUAUCCAACAGCGAACUGGACAUCUCGUACGACUUCUUCAUGGGCAACUUGUCGGCGACUGAUGCUUCUUCAACUGGUGGCGCGAACGAGCCCGGUACCCAAUACGCCUAUGAAGAUCACAGCUCCGGCUCAGAGAGUCUUGCUCCUUUUUUCACUGGGAGCCAUUACUUUGAGGGUACCGAAGAGUACCAACCCUCUGCGCUGGUAACCCCUUUGCCUCAGCCGCCAGGCGGCUCAAUAUCACCUUUCCUCACCGCCAAGAACACUCCCAAUGCCGCGAACGAAGUUCGGAUACCUAGCCUGAGCCGGAGCGAAGUAUCUUCGACGGACAACGAGGCUACAACCCCCGAGGGACGGGACCCGCUUCAGUUACCUAUCGACAGCGUCGAUCAUUACUGCUCGUCGAAACUCGAGGCAGCAUACGAUCUGACGACGGACAACCUCCUCGCGGCACGGUCGCCGUCGCCAGUCACUUUAGACUCGGCAGAGGCUACACCAGUUGCCAUUCGUUACAUGGACCAGCCUUCGACCGCCGCUCGCGCCGCUGCCAUUCCCUUCGGCGUCGCUCCUCUACGCGAUGUCACGAUGGGGUACCGUAACCAGCGACCGCCGUCACCCAGUGUCGACUAUCCCAAUUCAUCGCGGACACCCUUCGAGGAGACUGCUCAGCGCAAGAAUCAUCUGCGGUCGGUGCUUGCCUCAAACGCACUUCCGCCUCGCCCUUCUCCUCUGCGGUCUGCUCUGGCUCUGCAAAGCUCGUCCGGCUCCACAUCUGCGACUAUUUUGUCUGAUGGCACUACAAACAAAUCAAACGAGGACCAAGUCUCCAACACGUCGGCACAGUCUCUAGCAUCCCAGAACGACCAUGACGUUCGCAGCUUCACUCGCAAUCGAAGAGGCAGCCUCACGUCAUCUGACCUCCUAACCUCCAUCGUUAGCAAAUCCGCAGGCUCGUUUCAACAACUCGACAGUGUUUCUCCCUUUGCCAAAAUCCAAAAGCAUCUGAAUAAGAUGGAUGGCCGGAACGCAAGUUUAGACGCCGACCAGGAGCCGGGGGAUUGGCACGUGGAGCGUCGACGGCUGGUCAAAAUCAUUCGUGACGCCGGCUUGGACAUCGACGAACUGGCGGACGACCUGGACUCGGAUACUUCAGCGGCAGACGAUUCUUUCUCCAAGGCGCCCCUGUGGUCCGAAAUCGCCUCACUGCGUGCCAAGCUUCAAGAUGCGCACGACGAGCUGGCCAAUGUCAAGAGCGACUUUACGAGGAAAACGGAAGAACAUUAUCACAUGUUUACAGAUAUUGGAGCCGGCUACGCGAGCCAGAUCGAGUCUCUACAAGACGAGCUUGGUCGCGCCAAGGGCGAAGUGACACGGCGGCAGACGCAGCUCGAUAUGCUGCGACCAUCGAGCGUGGUCCAAGAGGACGAGCUUCGCAAGCAGAUCGCCAUCCUGGGUGGCGAUCUCUCCCGAGCACAGGAGGACGCUCAGGUCGUGGCAGAGGCGUUGGCAAACGCACAGGCUCGACUGUCGGAGGCUCACGCGAAUGAACAAGCGACUCUCCAGCAGCUUCAGGAAGUUGAAGAUCGAGCCGAAACGUUGCAGUCGCAACUUGACUCAGCCGCCCGAGAGGCCAAGCUUGGCUCACAUCGGGCGAAGGAUCUCCAAAGCCGACUGAGUGCAGCAGAGGACAAGACGCAAACCUUGCAGUCGCAGCUAGAUGCUAUUCAACAAGAGGGCACUCUUGCCACCAGCAACACCGAGGACCUCCGAAAGCGGCUCACUGCAACUGAAAGCGUUUCAGAGGACCGCGCGCAGCAGUUGACAGUCUUCGAGGCUCGCCUCACUGACGCACAGUCUCGUGUUGAGGAGCAUGUUUGUCAAUCGGCUACACUUGAGGCACGCUUGUUGUCACUCGAAGAAGAGAACAAUGCUCUUCAAGCGGACAAGGACGCCAUGUCUCAGCGGGUCAGCAGCCUCGAACGUCACCGGGAAGAUGACCAGACAGUCAUCUCCGACCAGCGCAAGAUAAUCCGGGAGCUUGAAGAUGGGGUCACCACGUUCACUGUUGAGAUCGAAACAAACAAGAAGCGCAUUGUCGAGCUCGAGGGCUUCGUCUCUGCCGCACAGUCAACGCAGGCCAGCUCCCAGGCCGAGCUCGAGUCCCUCAAGCAUCAACUCGAGAUCGCGAGGUUGGAAGCGACAGAGGCCGACGAAAUCCGCGACGUCACCGUCGCGUCGUCGCCAAAUUUGGCCACAGUUUAUGAAGAUCAACUCGAAGAGGCUCACCGCCUCAUUGGGCGGCUCAAGGCUGAGCUCGAGGGAAUACCCGCUCGCCACAAGACUCUUGAAGACCGAGAUGCUCGCAUCCGCGCCCUGGAGACUGAGAAAGGGGCUCUUCUCGAGCGGUUGAAGGCGCGUGAGAUGGCGUCUCCCGCUCGUUGGGCCAGCUCCAUGCGCAUGUCGACGCCUGUUUUGCACAAGACUGUCUCAGCACUGCGUUCUCCUCGCACUCCAGGUCCCCUCAAGGACUUGUCGUGGCUCCAAAGCACGAUAGACGACUCCAACGAAUCGCUGUUGCGUGCCGAGCUGGAGCAUUUGCAGGUCGAAUUGGACGCUGCCAACAUCCAACUCGACAAGAACUUUGAUCGUCUAGAGGAAGCGGGACUUGGGGCUGUUCGCCUUGCUCAGGAACUGGCUGCUGCCAAAGCUAAGCUAGACGAGUACAAGGAGGAGUGGACCCUGCAAGGCCGAAUCAAUCGCGAGAGGGAGGAAUCCCUCGAUAGGGGUCGCAACAAGAACGAGAGGCUGGAAUCCGCUCUUGAUGAGGUACACCAGCGCCUCUCUAGUCUUCGCGACAACAUGACCGCCGAGAAGGAGCGAUUGCAGGAGGACAACCGGCGCCUGCGCCUCCAGCUCUCCGACAUGCGCAUCAAGUACGACGAUGAACUGGAGCGUCUGUCUGAAGAAACGGCUCGAGUUCAGGAUGAGGCUCAGGACAAUCUGGCUCAGUCAACAGAGCGCUUCGAACAGAUCUGCAAGGAAAAGGAGACGUUGUCUAGUCAACUGCUGAAGAGUGAGGAGCUAGUCGCUCAGCGUAACCGUGAAGCGUCCAAGCUGCACUCGUCCAUUGAGGACAUGAGCGCCGUCCUCGACAAGCUCCGUCAUCAGUUGGCCGCAUCAGCCAAGACCCAGGACAAGGUUCAGUCUCUCCAGGCCCUCCUCGACGAAGCACAAACCUCGUUGCGGAGCUCUCGCGAGGAUUCCAGUCGACUGCGGAACGAGCUUCGUCUCCGCUCCGACGAGGUCGCUGAUAAGGAACAGGAAAUUAAAGAUCUCGCAGCGGAACGCCAGCGCAUCACACGCGAACUGGUACAGUUCAGCGAAGACUUGACCAUCCAACGCCGGGAGUGUGUUACCUUCGGGUCCGAGCUCCAGGCCAUGCGUGCCAAGCAGGCAGCCACGCGUGGGGCUCACGCAGAUCGGCUCUCGCGCCUUGAUGAGAGCUUCCGCGCCAAAGAGGCCGAACUGUCGCGGGCCACUCAGCAACUCGAGGACGCUCGGCGUCGCUGCUCAAUACUCCAAGACCAGCUCGAACAGGUCGACAGUCAAACCCAAGCAACGGCGGAACAGCGCCAGAAGUUCAAGGCCCAGAUGCGCCGCCUCUCAGCGCAGAUCGAAUACCUGAAGGCUGUGUAUGCUCGCGAGAACACCUUCCGCAACGCUUUGGCCUUACAGAAAAAGUUCCUUAUCCUCUGCGUGGGUGGGAUGAGUCUCAACGAGCAGGCAACGUUACGUGCAAUUGCCUCGAUGGGCUACGAGGUCGCGCGCCCGCCGCGCUCGACGCGCUCUUUCAAGUCUGUUGCCCUGGCGGUGCUGUCCCUAGUUCGAGCAAGACGCAUGGCGGAACAAUGGCAGGCAACGCGGAUGAAGAGGAGUGCCGGUAUCAAGCGUGACUAA